AUGGCAGGUCCGUUAGACCUCAAGCCAGGUCCCCCGAGGAGCAUCGGCUUGACAAGACACGGCCAUAAUCUCGCCAGUCUGCAUGGAGAUCGCAAACGACAAUCAGGGCAAACUCGAAAGCCUAGUCCUCCACUCCUUGCUCCUCCAAGAGGCAGCUCUAGCGACGAAGAUUCUGAAGGGCAGCGACUUCCAGAUGAUGGGGCGUCUGAUGACUCUGAGUUUGGACAAACCGAGAAAAAAGAGAAACUCAAGAAAGACGCAUUGCUGAGAACAGGGACAGAUUCGAGUCUAGGCAAGGGCGAGGACGCCAAAAAGAGGGAGUUGAGCGUUGAACCUUCGAACAUACGAGCGGGUAGCUUUACGUCGGGGAAAGGCCCUGGGAGCCGCAAUGGCUCGCAAAGCAGCCAGAAGAGGAAGACUGCUGGCCUGGACGAAGAUGAUGUGCCAUAUUCAUUUUCCCAGCCGAAAAAGUCUAGGCAAGGCUAUGGACACAGGGGUUCGGUCACGAAGUCUGGAGACUCCAAAAAAAUGCCUUUCAAAGAGAGCGGGAGGGCAGGACCUGCUUUUAAGGACCCAACUCAUCCCAUGCUGCUAGCUGAUGUUGAUAGAUUGACGGCAAAUGGAUGGAGUGAGACUCCAUCUAUGCAGACUUCGCUACGGGAUCAGAGGGCUUCACAACGCUCGGCCCAGAGCACACAACAGUCGUCUCAAAGUUCUCCGAAGAGUUUCAAGCAGCCUCCGCGACCAUCUCCCAAGAGAGUACCAAAAUUCAGAGCUAGUCCAGUGAUAUGCGAAGAAAGGGACCCUCCACGAGCUACGAGGUCUCCGGCGCCAGUUGAGGAGCCAGCUGUGCUCGCCGAAGCUAAUGCAUUGAAGUCAUCUGAAUUACAGAAUGCUUUUAAAAUUGCUACAAACAAACUUGGCAUAUCAGAUGUACAAAUCAACCUUCCACGACCAGAGAUACGUGAUUCAUCGGCUCCUCCAAUAUCUCUUGAUGCGGCUACUGCAAAAUCUUCACCGCUUUCUUCUCUUGACGACUCUACUCUCGGUUCUAGCCUAGAAGGUGUUCCCAUCAUCACAUCUGGAGAUAUACCAGAUUAUGAUGCAAAACCACGACCAGCCGUGUGUCCAAUGUGCAAGCAGCCUGUUGACCAGUCGUAUCUGGAAGAAUUUACUAAGGUGGGUACGCGUAUGAGCCUCCGCCAACAGGCUCAAUUCUGCAAAGCCCACAAGGAGCAAAGUGCCGAGUCCGAGUGGGCAGAGCGGGGAUAUCCCAAAAUCGAUUGGCUGCAGCUGGACGCUCGAAUUGGGAAACUCCAUACUUCCAUGGACGACAUACUCUCAAGAAGGAACUUUUCCUUCUACAGGAAUGUCUUUGAAGACUCUUUGAAGAGCGGAAAGAAAAAGAGGAUACAGGAGAGCCUGAUGGCAGGAGAGGAGAUCGAAGGGACUUCGCCAGGAUACUAUGGCGGCAGAGGUGCGAAGGUAAUGGCGGAAAAUAUCAUGUCCCGAUUUGCCGGCAAACUUCGUCGACUGGCAGCUUCAGACAAGCUCAUCUCAUCUGGUGGAGUCUCCAGAUACGUGCAAGCGGUCCUGGUCCCGGAACUGGCAGUACUUCUUGUCAUGGACGACAUGAAAGUUGACGAGGAGAAGGCAAGAGAGAUAUUGAGGGACAGUGUCGAUAUUGGCAAUCUAUUGAACGAAGAGGAGGACGAGAUCAUCACGGAUCCCACUCCCGAAGAUCGCGGAGUCGCGGACUUGAUAUAG